AUGUUCUCCUUGCGCCGGCUUCAUUGUCACUUCUGUGGGACCCGCUCUCAGUACGCAAGAUCAUCUGGUCUUAACGACUUCCAGUGUACAUCAUGUGAAGCAGUCAACUAUCUCGAUCGAAAAGGCAACAUCAUCGACACACCAGCAAGUGCCGUAGCCCAGCAGCAACAACAACAGAUAGCAGCACGAGAACAGAGCCCACCCUUCCAGACAUUCACACAACAAUUACCAGAGACACUUGAGCACCAACAAAGCCAGGCAUUCUGCAGCACAUGUCAGCUCAACCAACAUCUGUAUAUGGAAGCACUGGGAAACUACCUACCAGAUGAAGACGAUCCGCAAUACCAAGAGUACGAGGAUGCAUUACCACAGUACACAGCUGGGCUUGAGAAGAGAUACCCACAGGUCUGCAAGAGGUGUGCUCCGCUGGCACAGAGGAAGAUAAAUCGAGCAGAUCACUAUGCUGGAACGUAUAAUAUCCAACGACGAGCUAAUGAAACGGCAAGGAGAGGGCUUGGUGGGCGAGAUGACUGGUGGAAGUGGAGCAUGCGGAGAGCGUUAGGUGGUGUCGAGACUUUGAUGUAUGCGAGCUUGAUCUUGCAAGUAGCCUGGCACAUCUACGGCAUCUUGGUGGCCAGGACUCAGCAUAUUCAGGGAGAUUUAGAGGACGCAGAAUCGGCGUUCGACCCAACGAGACGAGAGUGCUUACAAGAUGCUUUGCGUUUGCGAUUCAGUCAGGCCUGCUUCACCUCGCUUGGUUCAUAUCUACCACGCGCAUUCCUUAUGUCGACGAUUCUUGUGUGGUACAAUCCUGGCUUGAAGGCAUGGUAUCACCACACGCACCGCAUCGAAUCAGUCACAGGCCAGACGGAGCAUUUCUGCAUGCAACUGCUCAUGUUAACCAUAAGAGCUGUGGCAUGGUAUCAGCUCUCGAACGCUGCAGCUACCAAAAACAUGACUGCACAGCAGCUAAUGGCAUCCCACGCCUUCGUGGCCUUUUUCAUGCUUGCCGUCCAAUGGCUCAGCGAUCGCGCUAUCAAGACGGUGAGAUUCAAGAUCAGGCAGAAAGUGAUGCCAAGACCUGAUGAGCACGACGUCCUCGGUGUCGAUGCCGGUCCAGAAGCCGACGAAUAUGAACGACAAGCCUCUUCGAUACCGCCUUCUCAACUCUUUGCCCGAGAACAGCUUGAUCGCGUUCGACCAUUCCCGAUCAACAAUCUAGCACCGACAUCAGCGGCUCGCGACGGGCAAUCACAGAUGCCAUCUCCACCACUCUCGGAUGAAACGGACGAUGAAGCAGGCGAUCCUAUGGAAAUCGAUGUCUACCCUAUCACACGAUCACAAAUUCCUGGUGCAGCGAUCGACCGCACCUUCAAGACACGGCAGAGCCAGAAGCGUCCUGCUCAACAGUCACCCCGAAGCCUCUUCAAUCACGGUGCUACGCAAGGAGCCGGCUGGUCCGGCAUGCGGGACUCCAUCUUCGGCAUACGCGAAGACCUCACGGCGGAGACCGAAGCAAAACGGAAGGCAGAAGAAGAACGCGCGAAGCUCAAGUUCCAGCCUUCAGUCGAACCAUCACCGUUUCGAGGACGUUUACCCGCUGCUCCAAUGAGUAUGGAGCGCAAACUGCGCAACCCUGUCACCCAGCUGGCGUUCAAGGAGACACCAGUGAGCAAACAACAAGACUUUAUGCAGCAGAUGCGAGCAGGUAUUGCAAAAGGCAAGAUGUUCGGCGGCUCAUCCAUCACUCCGGUCUUGCAACUACAGCACAAGCAAAAGCACAAUCAGCAAAUGCCAGCCGGCUUCACGGCACUCGGUCUUAACGACGGCGACAGCGACUUCUCCCCUGUUAAAAACAGCGGUAGGAGCCUAGCUGACUCUUCUCGUGGUGGCCUAGAGCUGAAGCCAAGCACGUGGAAUCUGCCGCAGGACUUUCAGCAGCAGGCUACGGGUUUGGAAGAUAUGUUUGGUGGGAAUAACUUUCGGAUCAAGGAUGAACCGGAGUUUGCUGCGCAGGCUCGAUCACCGGAGGAGCGGAAGAGAAAAAUUGAUGGCUUAAAGAUUGCUGCUGGUGUUGCGGUCUUCGCGGUUGUGGUAGGAGUGUUUGGGUGGAAUGUUGAUGCUGUGAGGAAGGCAGUCUGUUUAUGGUUGGUCGCUCGUAUGGAGGAUCUUCGGUUCUGA